UUAAAAACUAUGAUGCCUAAUUUUAAAGAGUUUAUUGACAAAGGUCAUAUUUAUCGCUCAGACGAGCAAGAUAAAUUUUAUUGUACCUAUGCUCUGAUGCAUCGUGUAUGCCAAGUGACUGCUUUAAUUACUGUCAGUGGGGUCAUUAUAGUAUAUGGCAAACACGAUCAUGAACCUUUGUUCAUGCAAUAUCAAAAUCGUGUUGAUGGCUUACUGGCAGAGCUUAAAGAAAAAAGCGUAAAAAGCUUAUUUACAUCAUUGAAGAACAAAGAAAAGAGAAGAAAACUGGAGGCCCAGAAGAGUCGAAAAGGCCGAAAAUACCACUACUCUGAUCAUGAUAUUUUUGUAGAAAUGGGACAAGUUUGCUGCCAACAAAAAAAAUGGCCUAUAAAAAAUAACCUGCCUGAUUUAGAAUUAUAUGCUAACCUAUACAUAAGGUUACCCCUUGUGGAAAUGGUCACGGAAUAA